AUGAGAAAACUGCGCGGGUGGUUGUAUCGACAGGAUCUGUGCCGUGCAGCCACUAAUGGAGAGUGGAAACUGCCCAAACAUAUCCUCCUUGCCAUGGCUGUCAGGCAUUUGUACCGCUCAAAGCAGCUAACAACAAUUCUCCAGCAUCUCGGCCAUUGUGAGACUUACAACUACACACUUGACUUGGAAGCAGCAUUGUCAGAGGCUUUUGAUGAGGCAUCAACAUUCCUUACUCCUCAAAUUGUGUGCGGUGAAGCAAACAAACUCUUCCAUGUUGAAUGGGACAAUCUCAACAAGUCCUUGACCAAUGUUCAUGGCUCCCACAUAGUUAAUUCUGCAGCAGGCAUCAUGAUGCAGGAAGUUGUGCCUGAACUCGCAGAUCAUGCUAAGAAGAGAAAACUACCUGACUUUGACAAGAAGAAAAAGAUAGAGAAGCGUUCAACACAAGUGACACUGCCAGAAUUGCACAUACAUACACGAGUGGGUCCAAGCUUUCCAAAGGGUAGUUCCUUCACUCACCCUAUAGACCACACAGCUCUCUAUGAUGAAGCCAUGACAGAGUACCAUGCAUGGGUGCUUGCACGAAUGCUUAGCAGCUGGCAUGGCAAACAGAAAGUGUCAGGACAAGGUGGCUUCAUUUCAGCUACUGGUGUGAGACCUGAAAGAAAGUCACGUAUUGACUAUUUCACUCCUAUUGGCCAGCCUAUCACCGCCAAAGAGACUGUAGCAGAGUUGCUGGACCGCACAGAGGUGGCUACAGAUGAGGUGGGACAGGAACAUGUCGUGAGCACUUUUGAUCUGGGUGUUGUCAUGAAGGCAUGCCCUAUAAUUUGGAAGUUUAUGGAAAAAUGUUAG